AAAAAAGACACUUAAAUAAAUCAAUAUAACAUUAGAUAACAAUCUAAGAUGGAUCAAGGGGCAGGGGAGAAGCCAGUGCCCAUACAAAUAACUGUACUGCGUGGAAAAAACAUGGGAGUCAACAAAGGAGAAUCUGCUCUUAAUUUUGUUCGUGCUGAGUUCAAUAGCAUAAUGCUCGGAGAAUCCCAGAAACUGAAUGCAUCUGCAGACCUGACCUUGGAAUAUAAUUUCACGUGUAGUUUUGACUGCUUUGGUGAGACCAAUACACUGGAUGACCUUGCGCACAAACCUGUCAUCUUGACUGCUGUUGAGAUCCUUCCAAAGGAGCAAAAGAAGCAGAAGGAAGAGAAGACCACUGUCCUGGGCCAAGGUGUGGUGGAUCUGCUGCCCCUCCUCCACGGUCAGCGCUCCUUCACCUCCACGGUGGUGCUGCACCCCACCCCAGGAUCACCCGCAGAGUCAGCUUCUCAAGGAGACAACAGCAAGCCCUCCCUGGAUGUGACCAUCUGUGCCACAGAGCCGCUGCUCUCUGACGCCCAGCUUUCCAGCUCCAAUCUGCUCCGGGUGCUGGUGGAGGCCGCCUACGCCGUCCCUGACGUCUGGAGUCCCGCAGCCCCAGCCAGUUAUGUUGUUGGCUUCCAGGUGCCUCUGUCUGCUGAGAAGGAACAGGUGCUCCUGCUUUCCAAAGGAUUGCUGAAAACGGGAGGGGAGAAAGAGCCGCUGCCUCGACCCAAGAAGUGGCCCCUGGGUCCCCUCCUGGCCCCCGGUGCAGAUUGUAUACCUGGUGCUUUUAUAGAGGCGGACCCCAUUGAAAUGGAGAGUGGGGAGCUGACUGGAAUGGAGGACAGAGAGUUCCGCACCGAAGCAGAGGUCGACAGGAAGAGAGUGUGCUGGGACACAGAGAGACGUUGUUUCCUGGAUGCCGAGACGGCGGCCUGCCUAACCCGACGGAUCACGCACUGCCGGCUGUGGCCAGUAGAGAUCGGGCGGGUGCCUCAGACGGGGCUCUCGAGGGGGGGAAAGCCGGCCAGGGACAAAGCGCAGGUGGAGGACGAGGCCCAGCUCUCCUUCCAUGGGGUGGUGUAUGUGGACUUGGCCCCCCUGCUGUACCCCGGUGUGAGGCGCAUUCAUGGCGCUUACUCAUUGCACCCGUUUUAUGAGGCAGACAUGCAGGAUAAGACUAAGCGCAGCACCAGCAUCCUGCGGGAGGGCGUGCGCCAGCUGCGGCAGCAGGGUGUAGGCCGGGCCCCCCCCUCCGUGGGGUCUGCGCCGUGCAGGACAGCCUCCGGCAAGACUUUAGACAAGGGAGCAAAAGGGCCCAAGGAGGCCACUAAGAAGCCAGGGACUCAGGAAAAGUCACUGCUGCCAGAGAUUUCUACAGAUGUGGAUACGCCUGAGAACAUCGAGGGUCAGAUGUACACUGAGGCCAGAACCUAUAUUGUGAUUGAAAUUGCUCUGGAAAAACCCCUGGUUCCAAAGAGACCUCCUGAAGAACUGGCCAAAAGAGUGAGGGAGCUGAUUGCAGCCAGGCCAUUGGCCCCCCGCAGACCAGCUGGGGCAGAGAGGGCAGUGCAGCAGUACCAGGACCAGGUUGCCAGCGUGGCGGCUCACCUUCUGGAGCAGUACCAGCAGCUAUUUGGCCAUGCGUUGGCAUCUGGGUCUCACCAGCUGGACCCAACUGCCCAGGAAGAGCGGAAGACUCAGCUCAUUGGGGAGCUCAACUACUCGGGGAAGUACUUUGCCUUCAAGGAGCAGCUGAAGCACUCCGUGGUGCGGAUCGUAAGAGAGAAGAUGCUGUGUACGGAGCCCUUCAGGGACCAGGAGCGGCUGCAGGCCUUCUUGAGCCAGCUCUACGUUUUCUUGGUGGACGAGAUGCACGUUGCGCUCAACAAGACUUUCUUGGCGGACCCCCAGGAUGACCGGCCUCCCUCCCAGGUAGACUGCACUCAGCUCAGACAUUUCGCUCGAGAAGCCCAGCUAAACCAGGACUACCAACUAGCGGCAACCUUCUACCAAGAGCGUCUGGCCCGAGACCAGAGGAACCCUGAGCACUGGUUUGACUAUGGAGUGUUCCACAUGUUGACCAGAGACUACUUGAAAGCAGAGGAAUGCUUUCGAGAAGCAGUGUCCAUCAGUCCAGUGCACCUUCCCAGCCUGCUGAUGUGUGGGAUCCUGGCAGAGAUGGCAGGCCGCACCGAGGAAGCACAGACCUACCUGGAGGGCGCGACGUGUGUGGAUCCUACCAGCGUGGUGGCCUGGACUCUAUCCGGCCUGUUCUACGAAGGACGGGAGGACACCAUCCAAGCUGAGAUGGCCUUUCUGGAGGGAAAUACACAGCUGAGGGCGGCUGUGGCUGGAACCAGACCAGCCGAGCGGGAGUUUGGGGCCAAGGUGCAGGAGGAGCCAGACUCAGGGUCAUGUGACUCCUCCACCACCACAGCUGAAGGAGUUGGAGAGAAGACCCAAAGCAUCCAGGGCAUCAGAGCUGUGACUCCUGGCCAAAAUCCCAGCAUCCCCCAACCCCUGUGUACCCCUCUCAGGCCCAACACCUCCAUCUACAUGGAGACAGCGCACUUCCUGCUGGAGAACAAUGCACUGCAGAUGGCCCAGAGAGCCCUAGCCCAGGAACUCCUGUGUCCUGGGGGAGGGCCUAGGUGUUCCUACCACCUUGCCCUGGCCAGACUGCAGCUGAUGAGUGGAGAGUUCAGCAGCGCUGAGGUCAGUCUGCAGAAGGCGCUUAAGGACGACAUUGAGAGUCCGGAUACGUGGGCGUGGCUUGGCCACCUGCACUACCUGAAGGGGAACUACAGCCAGGCGCAGGAGUGCUACGAGAGAACUUUGGACUUUGUGAAGGAUGCUGCAGACCCACACGCCGUCUACCUGCGUCUGGGGCAAAUCUACCUGCAGGAAAAGCAGUUUGAGAAAGCCAAAAUCACACACCUGCAGGCCUGUAAGAGCUCCGCCUCCUGUCUCUCCUGGCUGGGCGUGGGCGCUGCCUGUUACCGGCUGGGAGAGCUGACUGAGGCAGAGGAUGCCCUGACAGAGGCCAACGCCUUAAACAACACCGACGCCGAGGUCUGGGGCUACCUGUCCCUGGUCUGCCUGCAGACAGGAAGGCAGCUUGAGGCAGAGCAGACCUAUAAAUAUGCCAUGAAGCUGAAUUUACAGAAAGAGACACUUCUUCAAGAGAUCAAAGACCUGCAGGCUCAGGUUGGCUUUGGGAAUCCCUGCUUCUAAACCACAGCCAACCUUGCGACAGUCUGACUGGUGCCCAGCAAAAGCACUAUUCCUCUCAUGUUGGUGUCAGCUGGAACUGUCACAUGACUCCAACUGUGUCACAACUGCUCUGCUAUCGGUGGACAUGUGACAUUGCAAUAGACAGGACCAAAUCUGUCAUCAUCUGUGGUCCUGUCUUGCUAUUCAUGAUGAUAUUACGUUUUCAUUUAAUGUAGUAGCCUAUUCAUGUUUUUUUUGUUUAUUGAACUACAAACAUAAUGAUUUAAAAACAACUGAAUAUAAAUUCGAAUACAUUGAUUUCCAUAUUUUGCAUAUGCUACGAAGGAUAAAAGUGUACGUUUUUAAUAAACGCCAGCCAAACCA